AUGCCCACGCCCUCGCGAUCCCGAUUGCUGCCAUUGCCAGUCCUCCUACUCGUUCUGGCAGGUGCAGCAGCCAUUGUUGGCGAGCAAGAUGAGCAGCAGCCGAUCACGCACCCGGGAUGCCAAGACAACUGCGGCAACAUGAGCAUCCCGUUCCCCUUCGGCCUGAUGCCGGGCUGCUUCCGCGAGGGCUUCCAGGUCACCUGCGACCACUCCUUCGACCCGCCUCGAGCCUUCCUCGCCGGCAGCGGCAUGACAACCGCAACGAACACCAUCACGCUCAGCGAGUCCGACAGCUCGGCGCUCUUCGACGCCCCCUAUCUGGGCCUGGGGUACUCGUUCCCCAACACCUCGACCUGGCUGGUCGAGCUCAUGGACGUGUCGGUCGACAGGAGCGAGGCACGGGCAUACGGCCCCAUCACGUCCCGCUGCAGCACCAACGUUACUCACUUCAAGCUCAAAGAAGAGGCCAUGAGUCUGGCGGGGCCGUUCGCCGUCUCGGAGGCGCUCAACGCCGUCGUCGGCAUCGGCUGGAGUGUUAGCGUCAAGGACAGCUCGCGCUCCACCUACACGACGACGUUCGCCUGCCGCUCGGAGCUCGCCGCCAGCCAUCUCGAGCACGCCAGGGACGGGUCGUGCGCGGGGCGGGGCUGCUGCGAGGCCGCCCUGGGCUCGGAGCCCAGCUACAGCACCGUCGCUGGGGCCGGGCCGGGGGUCAGUGCCGAGAACAACACCCUGUGGAGGACCAGCCCGUGCUCCUACGCUAUGGUGAUCGAGAAGUCACGCUACACCUUCUCGACGCUGGACCUGUACGGCGACAAGGUGCUGCCGAAGAAGUUCCCCAGGGGCGCCCCGGUCGUACUCGACUUCGCCAUCGUCGGGGACGCCGCUUGCCCGGUGAAAGGCCAGCGGCCGCCGCCGGACUACGCGUGCGUCAGCAACAACAGCCAUUGUGUCAACGCGACGGUUGGCCAGUCGAGGUACGCACUCAGCUACGUGUGCAAGUGCUCCGAGCACUACCAGGGCAAUCCUUACAUCGCCAAUGGCUGCAGAGACAUCGAUGAGUGCAAGUUCCCAGAUAUAUUUUUUUGCUCAAGCAAGGGCAUAUGUAUGAACAGACUUGAUGGCUAUGAUUGUCCAUGCAAGCCUGGAAUGAAAGGCGAUGGAAAAUCAGGACACUGUGCAGAAACAUUCCCCCUAGUAGCCAAGGCGAUUGUGGGCACAAUCGGUUGUAUUUUUGUCAUUGUAGUUAUGUCAUUUCUACUUCUUCUUAGCAAAGAGAAAAAGAAGACAAAAGAGUUCUAUGAAAAGAAUGGUGGGUCUACACUAGAGAAAGCAAAAAUUAUAAAACUUUUCAAAAAGGGUGAGCUCAUGCCUUAUUUGAAAGAUACCAAUUUUAUUGGAAAUGGUGGUUUCGGUGCAGUUUACAAGGGCAUCCUUGGUGAUGAAUUGGUUGCAAUUAAGAAGACGAUUAAUGGUAGUCUGCUGGAGAAUGAACAGUUUGCAAAUGAAGUCAUCAUCCAAUCCCAAGUCAUCCAUAAGAACAUUGUCAGGCUCAUAGGUUGUUGUCUGGAAGUUGAUACCCCAUUGCUAGUAUAUGAGUUUCUUUCCAAUGGUAGCCUCCAUGACAUUCUUCACGGCAACGACAACAAACCUUUGAACUUGGAUACACGUUUAAGAAUUGCUGCAGAAUCUGCAGAUGGUCUAGCUUACAUGCAUUCAAAAACAAACACCAAAAUCCUACAUGGUGAUGUCAAACCAGCAAAUAUACUGUUGGAUGAUAGGUUUGUUGCCAAGAUUGCAGACUUCGGCAUAUCGAGGUUGAUUGCAAGAGACAAGCAACACACCGCAAAAGUCAUCGGUGAUAUGAGUUAUAUGGAUCCAGUAUAUUUACAGUCAGGCUUGCUAACUGAAAAGAGUGAUGUCUAUAGCUUUGGAGUUGUGUUGUUGGAACUUAUUAGUAGGAAGAAGGCCAUGCACUCUGAUAACAACAGCUUAGUCAAUAGUUUCAUUGGAGCUCAUAGAAGAGGGGAGAGGGCAACCGAGUUGUUUGACAAAGAAAUUGCUGUAGGAGAAGAUUUGGAGAUUCUUCAAAGUCUAGCAGGGAUGGCAAUCGAAUGUCUCAGCCUUGAGGUGGAUCAAAGACCAGACAUGACAGAUAUAGCACACCGCCUUCUCAUACAGAAUAAUUCGCGUAAUGCAUAA